AUGAGAACUGAGUUGGAAUUUAUCAAUUCUGGGAUCGAUAGUAUUAACGGUCUUAAUUUGUCUCCAAAUAUAACUGUGUUGAAUUUGCACCACAAUCGCAUUUCAGAGAUAAAUGGGCUCACAAAAGCGACAUCGUUGCGUUAUUUGGAUUUAUCUUCUAAUUAUAUUAGUAAGAUAUGUGGACUCGAUAAUUUGCAGCAUCUUCGAAUUUUGAACUUGUCAUCUAAUAAGAUUCGGUCCAUUGAUUCAUUAGAGAACUUAAAUUGUUUAGUCCGUUUAGAUGUCUCUUUCAAUGAAAUAACUAGCCUAGUUGGUUUGAAAAAACUAUUUGGUCCCGGUUACAGUUUGACUGCUAUUAUAUUACAGGGAAAUCAAAUCCAGUCCAAGUCACAUAUCUUGGAGUGCUUGAAAAAUUUAGUUAAUUUGCGCCAAUUAGUUUUACUCAAUCCACAAACAGGAGAUGGUAAUCCUGUUUGUGGCGAACCAGAUUAUCGUCUAGAUUUACUUCAGGGUCUUCCUCAAUUAGAAAUAUUAGAUCACGUUGACAGAAUGGGCCGUUCCACUCAAAUUAAUGUUUUGGCUGAUUUGCCAGAAUUAAGUGGAUUCCUCGACAUGAUUUCUACUUCCAGUUUGUCAGAAUCUGAUCAUUUGGAUGAAGAAAAAGACAAGAAACUGAACUAUAAUAAAGAUCAAAUACAUUUGUCAGAAAAUUCUGCUAAUAAAGAAGUCAAGAAUAUGCAUUCAGCAACCUGUGAACAAGAUGAACAACAUAUUUCUACAUUAUCUUCAACCACUGAACGUCGAUUAUUAAAUUUAGAAAGUCAAUUAAAUUCAUUAAUUACAUCUCAUUUAAUGAAAAUUUAUCAAACUGAACAUAAUCAUUCAACACACCAUAAUAAUGUACUUCAUUCAUCAUCAAUUCAAGAAAAUAAUCUAAAAAGUGGUAAUACUGUUGUAGUACAUGGGAAAAAUGAAAUUAACUCAUCUAAAGUAAAGGAUACCCUUGACUUAUGUCAAUAUAUUCCAGAAAAAGAAAUGUUCGAUGGAGAAGUUCAAACUGAAGCAAACGUACAAUCGAAUAAUUUAACGGUGCAAUCGACCAUUGAUCCAGAUAAAUCAUUAUCACAACCUGUUCAACAGUUGAGUGCACAAAGUCUUAAAAAUCCAAAUUUGAAUACAUUUCAACGUCAUAAUCAUUCAUCAACUAUGAAGAAACAAUCAGUUGUAGACAAAAACCCGUCAAGUACAUCAACAAAAUUGAAAUCAAUUUCUGGUAGAUUAUCUCAAAAAACUUCACCGGAAAAGAAGACUAAACACGAAAAUUCUAAAAGAUCCAAUUCCACUGGAUUGAUGAAUUUCAACAAUCAAUUAACUGAUCAAAAACACAUACAAGAUGUUCCUGUAACUAUGAAGAUUUCUUCUAAUUCAAAUAUACAAUCAUAUCAUCAUGGAAAAGAAAUGAAAUCAUUGAAUAAAAUACUUUAUGAAUUUGAUCAAGAAAUAUCACGAAGAAAACAAUCUGAACAAUUGUGUCAAGAUUUAGUUAGUCGAAUACGUGAAUUAGAAUUAUCAGCAAUGGAUCAGCAUGAAGCUUUGAAAGUCACAGAAGAAUUGAAACAGGCAUUUACUACAGAACAUCAGGAAAAGUUAUUAGUACAAUCUCAAUUAAAGAUAAUCGAACAAAAAUUUAAUGAUAUGUGUCAAAUUGUUGAUCAUUUACAAGCAAAAGAAAAUGAAGUUAAAGAUCGAUAUGAACGAGAGAUUGAAAAUUUAAACAAACUCAUAAGUGAAUUACGCGCAGAUAAUAAAAAUGCAUUGACAAGAGCAGAAAAUGCUGAACAGAAAUUAGAUAAAACCAAAACAUUAUUACGUAAUCGUGAAGCGGAUUAUGAAAAAGAAUUAAAUAAUCGUUAUAAAUUGGAUAGUCCAGAAUUAUCUAAGUUUAUAUCAGCAAAAAUUGAUCUGGAACGAGCACAUCACCAAAAAGAUAUUGAUUUGCUUCAAGAAAAAUUAAUCGACAGUACUAAACGUUACACAGCUCUUGAAGAUGAAUUCAGAAUGGCAUUGAGAAUUGAAGCAGAACGAUAUGAAACAUUACUGAAAACAUCAGAUUUGUGUAAAAAUGAAUUGAUCAAUACACAAUUACAAUUAAAAGAAAUGAUAGAACGUGAAGAAUCUGCACGUUGUUUAAUUCAAGAAUUAAAUACGGUAGUUAAGGAACAAAAAUCUAAGCACACAAGUGAACAAAAAGCUCAUCUUCUAUUACAGCACAAUUUAAAAGAACGUAUUGCAACUUUGGAAAUGCAUUUAGAAGAAGCACAAACACGAAUUAGAAAUCAUGAAAAUUUACGAAAGGAAUUGAAACAACAAAAAGCUGAAAUGACAGCUCAAGAAUCAAUUAUUGCUGGAUUAAAAGCUGAAAGACGUAAUUGGAGUGAAGAAUUGGCUAAGCAAGGAUCAGCUUUAGCUCAAGACCGUGGACGAUUAGAAGCUAAAAUUGAAGCUCAAGAAUUAGAGAUAGCCAGUCUUAAAAAAUCUCUUGAAAAUGAAAAUGACUCUGUUAAAAUCAAGAGUAAAGUAAUUGAUGAUCAAACAGAGACAAUAUUGAACUUAAAAAAGUGUAUUCAAGAGAAUCAGACUGAAAUGAAACGACUACAGAAUGAAGGUAUACAAAAUCGUCAUAAUUUAGAAAGUCAAUUAAAACAGAAAAUUCAAGUCAAUACAGAAUUGGAUGAUGAAAUAAAACGUCUUAAUAAACGUAAAGAAGAUUUAAAAUUAUUGGUCGGUGAUUUACAAUCAAAAAUAGAUGAAUUACAAGAGCAAAAUGAAUCUAUGUCACAGCGUUGGCGCGAUCGUGCAAGUUUAAUCGAUAAAUUAGAAAAACAAGUAGAACAAAUGCGUCAUAACUGGGAUGAAGAACAAAAAGUUCUUAUUGACGAACGAGAUACAGCACGAAAAGAAAUCAGUACAUUACAUUCACAAAUGCAAGCUAUGGACGAGAGAUUUCGUCAACAGCUAUCGUCUACUGAAGAAAUGAACGAUUUGGCAAUGAACCGUGUGAAGAAUGAAGCAGAACAAUUACGUAUAGCUUGUGAAACACGUGUAGCUGAAGUGGAAUCAGAAAUGCGUACAAUUCUUCUAGAAGCAGAAAAUUCAAGAAAAGCUACACAAGAAAGACUUAGAUGUAUAUCAGCAGCAUUAUGUGCUCCAAUCUCACCGCAUAGCAAAAUCCAUUGCAUUAACACCUAA